AUGGACGUGUCUGCCGAUGUCGCAGCAUGGCUCUCUUUUGCAGUUACUGCGAUAGGCCUCGGUGGUCUUAUCUCUCAAGCAAAUGCAAUCAAUGAUAAAAUGGAUCCUUUCCAUGCGAAUCGCUCAGUGGAAUAUCUCGGGAUCUGGUUCCACAAACAGAGGCAAUUUCCCUGGUUUAUAAUCGCUAAACCACCUCCUGUGGGCCCGGUGAUCAAAGGAAGUCUGGCGCAGGGAUUUUGCGGACUAAACGAUCUAUAUUUGACCAGAUUACCGCUCACGAGUAGAUCGGGCAAAGCAGGCUGGGCGACAUUGCUGGCUAUUUUCCAUGUUCGCGAGCCGGAAUUGAACAGGCCGAUCCCUCUAGAGGACGCGGAGAAAGGUCCCGGUUGGACCAUGACGGCGUCGACCCCCUCACGAGUCCUUAACAUUGCCGCCGACGAUAAGGAAUGGUAUUUCCUCGAACAGCAACCACUUGUUCGUCACAAAGCAAACGCGUGCACAGUGAUCUCGAGGACGACUCUCAUGACGAUCAUGUGUCUGACCAACGCCCGAAAAGUCUUUCAAUAUAGCGACGCAGCCGGAUUUCGUGCAGGAUAUGCCUCAUAUAAUGGCCAAUGGUACCUGACCUGGCCGAUUGGGCAGGAUGCCACUGUGCAAUUCGCACCUCAUGACUCGCACUCGCUUGCCACAGAUGUUUACCCAUCGAGCUUCCCUCAACGAGUCGACAAAUGUGUUCAAAUGCUUUCCGGUGUUGUCGUUGCUAAUGAUAGCACAGACCUUGGACAUUUGAAGGUCGCAUUUUGCGGGCGGAAGUCUCCAGGUAUCUAUCAGCUGAGGUAUAUCCGCAACGGAUUUCCAGGUGCACAUGGUAGCCGGCAUUUGUACAACAUGAUGGGUGGCAAAGUAUACGAAGUCGACUUUUUGCUUGCUUCCCAGCUAGGCGGUCCUGCGCAACAGACAUCGCCUACACCCGAUCAGAUCGAGCUGGUGUUGCCGAGCACGGAGAAGAACCUUCCAGUAAGUAUGAUCGUUGGAGAACAGGAGCAACGUGUUCUGUGUCACGCCCUUGAUGUUCUUCCCUGGUCGUCAUUGUCAUGGAGCAUCCACCGUGGCAUGCGAGAUAUUCUAGUCGCCUUUGCCAAACCGGUCAUGGAUGAAUACAGAUCUGCCUUGGCAGAGGCGCUUCGGCGUACGGUUUUGGAAAGGCCUCACCUUCUCGACGCUCGCGGCUGGAACCCGUUGUUCGUCCGACAGAGCAUGGGUGACAUGGCUGCUUCUGCUGUCUUGGCCGGCAACGGAAAUUCUGGCGACCUGGUGCGUGUCGUCUCAGAUAUUGUGCUGGUGCUUACAGAAGGUUGGGAUCGUGCUCGUUUGGAUACGGUCAAGUUUUGGAGAUUACCCGAGGGAAAGAGAAGCUUAGACACAGAUGCUGUGGUUGCGCUGACCAAAGUUUUUGUGUUGGAGUGGAGCAAUGAGUUCGAUUAUCAGCUCUAUCACGAUCUACCUAUCUCGUUGUAUUUCACUUGA